CGGCUGAUCAGCUGCAGCGUGUUUACGUUUAUUUGUUGUUUUCUGUGAAAAUGUUUUCAAAAAGAACUCGAGGAAAGAACUUCACCGAGCAAGAAGAACAUGCUCUGCUCGAUCUCGUGCUUCUGAACAAGGAUAUUCUGCAGGACAAGACGAAGGAUGCCGCUACUUGGCGACGAAAGGCCGAAACGUGGGAGCGGCUGACCAUGGAAUUUCAGGCACAAACGGGAACGGAUAGAUCGUGCGCUGCACUUCGCGAAAAGUACGAUAAUAUGAAAAAAAACUUGCGGAAUAAGUACAGAGGAGUUAAGCAUUUUAAAAGGCAGGCAGAGCACCAUUCCGCUGUUAGUUCCUGGUACCAGAGUUCUACGACGUCGCAGGACAAUGCCGAUCACACAGGAAUCACCGGCAGUCCACUGGAAAACCAGUUUGAUAGUGACGGAAAUUCCCAAUUACUGAGUGCAGCCAAAGAAGAAAAUUCUUCAAUCAGCUUACAAAACUCAGAUAACUCCCAAUUACUGCAAUUUUUUAAGGAAAACAUUGAUGAUAUCGAGGAAAUCGAAUCCGUGGAUUAUUCCCAAAGAUGGAAGAGGAGAAUAUUGGAAACUUGCAGCUCCCCUGAACAGCCGAUGGUCAAAACAUCAACUCGCGUUGAGGAGGAGCAGGUGGAAUUGUUUAGGUUACAGCAGCAAUAUUAUAAAGAUCAGAAUGUAAGAGCCGCUGAGAAGCACAAAUAUGAAGUGGAGAGGGAACUAAUAGAACUACAAACGGCUCGAAUAAAAAACCAGUUAAUUGAAAUGGAAAUUGAAUUGAAGCGCGAAGAAUUGGCUAAACUGAGGCAAAGGUCUUUAACAGAAACAAAUUUUACAAAUGGUUGAU